AUGUCUAAUCAGACUCCCUAUAUUGGGAGCAAAAUUAGUUUAAUAUCGAAGCUCGAUAUUCGUUAUGAAGGGAUCCUGUACACGGUUGAUACGAACGAUUCUACUAUUGCCCUAGCGAAAGUCCGAUCAUUUGGUACUGAAGAUCGUCCAACACCAAAUCCUGUCGAGGCACGUGACGAUGUGUACGAGUACAUCAUUUUUAAAGCGAACGACAUAAAAGAUCUGAUUGUAUGCGAAACACCGAAGGUUGCAACCCUCGCAGGUGGACUUCCUUACGACCCGGCCAUAAUAUCGGUUUCAGCUCGUACAGGAUCUGCUUCUGCUAACGAGCAGCAGGCUUCCGCUGGCUCUUCUCGCUCGGAUACCCCGCAUCAUCGAGCCAGUCCUAAUAUAGCUCAAGGUAAUCGGGCGCCAGGUUCUGGUCGAAAUGCGGGAAACCGUGCAAAUCGCGGUAACUUUGUGCCGCCCGCACAUCCUAUCCAGCAAAAUCGACAAUUCAGUAAUGGUUAUCCCCGUGGCGGGUACAACUAUGGAAACCAACGUCCUCGUAACAACCAAAGUGUUGGUGUUCCCCGUCCGCGUGAGAAGCUGAAGUUCGAUGGCGAUUACGAUUUCGAAAAGGCCAACGAGCAGUUCCAGGAGCAGUUCUCCGACAUGUUCAAGGAUAAAUUAAAGGUCGAUGGCGAGAAAAGCGAAGAGGAACAAGCUGAGAAAGUCCCCGAAGACACUUAUUACGACAAGAAAAGCUCAUUCUUUGAUCGCAUAAGCUGUGAGGCAUUGGAGAAGGCUGAAGGAAAAAGUGGACGUCCGGACUGGAAAAAAGAAAGAGAGACAAACCAGGAAACAUUUGGACAUUCUGCUGUUCGCUCACUAAACUACCGUCGUGGAUUCGGUCAACGCGGACGCGCUCGUGGAUAUGGGCGUAGGUUUUAUUGCGUAAUCUUUGCAGCGAUCCAAGGUCUAUGUGAUCAAUGUAUGUUCAUUGCGUUGGGGAAGCAGAGCUAA